AGUGUGUGAGACCGUACUGAGAGUGAUGACACUUAGUAAUGUGAUGGUGACAUCUUGUGGAAUGAAGGCUUUAUAUAGCCUCUUUAAUGGAAAUCCCAGGGUUACUACACUGAACGCAGAACUGAAUGCACAAAUGAUCAAAGCUUUGUAUGAAUACCAACCUUCAAAUAAUGAUGUACAGCCAAUGAAGGCGUGGCUAGCAGUAAUGGAGGCAGCACAUAAGAAUCUGACGAGACUGGAUGAGAAGCUCUGUCUUGGACACCUACCCCGUUUCUUUUCUGUGUGUAUGACAUGUCUUCUGUCUGAGAAAGCCGAGGUCAACUCUAGUGCCGCAAAAACCAUGAAGGAGCUGCUAAGAGCCUGCCUGGCCCCUACUGUAGAGGGCGCUAAACAAGUGACAUCAUCAAGUGCUAAUACACCUGUCCACAAGAUCGUGAAAGCUCUAGAGACAGGACUAGGGUACCAGUUUCAUGCUGCCUGGGGACUAGUCAUGCAAGUCUUUGCUGUAUUGUUUGAGGUUGUUGGUAAGGAAUGCCCAUCACUUUUCAAGAAGAGUUUAUUAUCAAUAGCCAAUCUUAGAGACAGUCCUAGGUUUCCUUAUAAAGCGGAGUUGGACCAUGCUGUCGGUGCUGCUAUUAAGUAUCUGGGGCCUCGUCAUGUGUUAGAAGCUGUGCCUCUGAAUAUUACCGGCGACGAUGAUGACUACAGUUUUCCCCGGAGUUGGUUACUUCCUGUCAUAAGAGACAACGUGUGCAAUACAGAGUUAGGGUUCUUUACAGCGUAUUUCCUUCCACUGGCUGCAAAACUCAGACAAAGAUCUCUGGAGGCAGAGUCUACAGGUAACCAGGUGGUUUGUAAAUCGUAUGAUGCUCUACAGCGACAGAUCUGGUCCCUGUUACCGGGAUUCUGUACCCAGCCCAUGGAUCUUGGGGCAGAGUCAUUCAAGGGAAUCUGUAAAAUUCUUGGGUCUGCCAUCAGUGACCGAGAUGAUCUUAGGACUGAAGUCAUGUCUGGUCUCCGGAAACUCAUCAACAAGAGCAAAGAAGAGGAAGAGAGUAAGAGAGAGGUGGGUCGAUUCGCCAAGAAUUUCCUCCCCAUUUUGUUUAACCUGUUCACAACGGAGCCAGAGAACACCAAAGACACGGCUCGCCUGGCUGUCCUGGAAACCAUCAAAACCUACCUACAGAUAGCAGACACCACAUUGGUCAAUUCAUUCUGUGAUAAAUGUAGAGAGAAAAUCCAUGAAGAGGGGGUUUCACCCUUUAAAAGACAUGCUCUGAUGGAUCUUCUACUCGUGAUGUUACCAGUGGUGGAUCAAACAAGGGUGGAAGCAAUUUUCAAUGUGACAACUCCAUUUCUCUCUGACAUGGAUAAGACAUUACAAAAGAAGUGUUACCGAAUCUUAGAGGAGUUAUGUAGCAGCUCUUCAAGAGCCUGUCAGGCAUUUGUUACAGAGAAUCUGUCAACCAUACAGGAAGUCCUGCUAGAUUCCCUGUCUACAUCUAGUCCUUCCUCUAAAGCACCUCGUCUCCGUUGUUUAAUCAACAUUUUCAAAGUACUGAAGGAGGAGGAGAAAGAUUUCCUGUUGGCGGUUGUACCAGAGGCCAUUCUGUGUACCAAGGAGAUAGGAGAAAAGGCGCGAUCAGCAUCCUACCAACUACUGGUGGAAAUGGGCCAUGCCAAGAUGAGAUGGAAUCAAAACGAAAAUGAGGCAUUAGAGGACUACUUCCAGAUGGUGAUGGCAGGACUUGGGGGUUCCCCUCAGAUGGUCAGCUCCACCCUCCUGGCCCUGACCAGGAUUCUCUACGAGUUCAAAGCCUCCAUCAGCCCACCAUUACUGGAGACGAUUGUGGAUCAGCUGUGUUUGCUGCUGACGUCUAAGACAAGGGAGGUGGUUAAGGCGGCCCUGGGCUUUAUGAAGGUCCUGUUAUCAGCUUACCCUGACACUGUGCUGGCUCCACACCUAAAGCAGAUCAUGUCCAGUCUUGUUUCACAAAAGGAGGACUUCAAGCAUCAUUUUAGGUUCAAGGCCAAAGAAAUUUACGCUAAACUCAUCAAGAAAUUUGGAUAUGAGACAAUCUUUGGUAUGUCACCUCCCAGCAUCCACAAGGUACUGGUAAACAUAAAGAAGACUCAGGAGAGGGCGAAGAAGAAGAAGAAGGAGAGAGACAGUGACUCUGAAGAAGACAGUGACCAGGAACACUUCAGAUCUCAACCUGAAAGUGUGGACGACCUUCUGAGGGACACAGACUCAGAGGAUGAGACAGAAACAAAAUCCAAACGUAAACCAAGGGAAAAAACUCAGGCUAAGCUGGCCUGGUUACAAGAGGGAGGGGACAUCAUGGAUUUCCUGGACCCAACAGCCUCCAAAAAAGUUCUCGCUACCAAACCAGAAGAGAAGAAAGACGUGAAGAAGAGAGAAGCUGCAUUUAAGACAGCUCCUGAUGGUCGUCUGAUUAUAACAGAGUCCAGUGAUGAAGAAGGUCCAGAGAAAAUGGGAGAAGAUGACGAUGACCUUGAAGAUUUGUUGAAGGCCAUUGAGCAGGGAGCUGGAAAUGUCAAGCAGAAAACAAAGAAGAGGAAGAUAGAAGAUUUAGGUUCAGAUGAUGAGGCAUCAGCACCAAAAUAUAAAGCUGGAGGAGGGGGUAUACACAGACCGCUAGCCAAAGCCAAAAGGUCAGCUCCCCAGGAAGCUGGCAGUGAAUACAGAGCCAAGAAAGCGGGAGGGGACAUCAAGAAGUCUGGAAGACCAGAUCCUUACGCUUAUCUUCCUCUGAACUUCCAAGCUCUCAACAAGAGGAAAAAAGCAAAGAUGUCGGGGCGUUUUACAAACUUGGUGAAGGGAGCAAAGAAAGGCGCUAAAAAGGGAUUUAAAGGAAAGAAAAAGCCUUGAUAAUUUAUUGACAUAACAUACAGGACUAAAAAUGUUUAUUGUUGGAUUGUUUCCUUGUUUACAAAAUGAUUAUUGUUUUUAAAAUCACUUAUUGAAAUAAUAUAAUGAUAUAUUUGUGAAAAGGCAAGUAUGACAAUAUUCAAAUGAAACUGUAAAGUUUGUGGAUUUUAUCAAAUAUGAAAUUGAUAAAAAGUACUGUAAAUGCAGAACAUUUGCAUAAAAAAUUCAUGAUUUAUAUAAAAGAAAAACAAUUGAUAAAAUAUAUAAAUACUGAAAGAGA